GUAGGCGCUGCAGCCGUUGCACUCAUUUCCUCCAAACGACGGGCACAUAUUACUGCGCCGUAACUUUCCCGCGCUUUUCGUAGUGCCUUGUGGUGUGCAACAAGUGGAAUUUAGGUGAUGUCUCAGAGUCGGAGCUCUAUGAAUGAUGAGGUGUCUUCGCCUCGUGAUCCAGUCACAUCUUCUCCUGGUCGAGAACUUCCUCCCUUUGAGGAUGAAUCGGAACUUAUUGGAGGAGCAGGAAACGAUGAGGAGGAUGCUCAUCCAGUCGAGGAGCAAGAAGAGGAUGGGGAAGAACUGUUUGGGGACAAUAUGGAGGACGACUACCGUGCCAUCCCAGCCCUGGAUACAUACGACAGGCGUUUACUGGAUGACUCAGACUUCAGUGCUAUGUCAGAGACGGACAGGCGGGCAGCUGAAGAUGAACUGCGAAGACGGGAUCGUGAAGAGGGCCGUGUUCCUGGACGCAUGCGAAGGGGUCUCAUUUUUGAUGAGAGCAGUGAAGGCGAAGAACGUCCUCAACGUCGAAGACGCCUGGCAGAACGAGCUGCGGAAGGUGCAUUCUCUGAAGACGAGGAGAUGGUUGAAAGUAUUGAGAACCUAGAAGACAUGAAAGGACACACAGUGAGAGAGUGGGUGGCUCAGGUGGGGCCCAAAACUGAGAUCUAUAAUCGCUUCAAGAACUUCCUCAGGACGUUCGUUGAUGAGCGUGGGCACAACAUCUACAAAGAAAAAAUCCGCCAGAUGUGCGAGGAAAACAAGCAGAGUUUGGAAGUGAACUAUAAUAUGCUUGCUCAGGCAGAACAGGUCUUGGCAUACUUCCUUCCCGAGGCUCCCGUCGAGAUGCUGUUGAUAUUUGAUGAAGCUGCAAAAGAUGUUGUGCUCAGCAUGUUUCCUCAGUAUGAGCGCAUCACUAAAGAGAUCCAUGUGCGCAUUACAGAUUUGCCUCUUAUUGAAGAAAUCAGAAGUCUUAGGCAACUGCACUUGAACCAGCUGGUACGCACAUCAGGGGUAGUCACUGGAACGACGGGAGUCCUGCCUCAACUGUCACUCGUCAAGUAUGACUGCAUGAAGUGCAACUACGUCCUGGGACCUUUUGUGCAGUCGCAGAACCAAGAAGUUAAGCCGGGCUCCUGUCCAGAAUGUCAGAGUACUGGGCCCUUUACAAUCAACAUGGAAGAGACAAUAUACCAAAACUACCAGAGAAUCACCGUUCAGGAAAGCCCUGGAAGAGUUUCUGCGGGACGUUUACCUCGAUCAAAGGAUGCGAUCCUUCUCGGUGACCUUACUGAUUCUUGUAAGCCUGGAGAUGAAGUUGAACUGACUGGUGCGUACACUAACAACUAUGAUGGCUCGUUGAACACAGCAAACGGUUUUCCUGUUUUUGCUACCGUCAUCAUGGCAAACCACGUUGUUAAAAAAGACGACAAAGUUGCUGCCAGGCAUCUGACUGAUGACGAUAUCAAACAGAUCGUUGCCCUUUCAAAAGAAGAUAAUAUUGCUGACAGGGUCAUCGCAAGUAUUGGUCCCUCUAUUUACGGCCACCAAGAAAUUAAGAGGGCCAUAGCGCUGUCCCUGUUUGGAGGCGAGCCAAAGAAUCCUGGGCAAAAACACAGAGUCAGAGGUGAUAUCAACAUACUCCUCUGUGGGGAUCCUGGCACUGCAAAAUCCCAGUUCCUGAAGUACACCCAACAGAUUGCUCCACGGGCCGUGUUUGCAACUGGCCAGGGUGCAUCGGCUGUCGGUCUGACUGCCUAUGUCCAGAGAAGCCCCGUCACGAGGGAAUGGACUCUGGAAGCAGGAGCUUUGGUCCUGGCUGAUAAGGGGGUCUGUCUGAUUGAUGAGUUUGACAAGAUGAACGAUGCGGACCGUACAAGUAUUCACGAAGCCAUGGAGCAACAGAGCAUUUCUAUUUCCAAGGCCGGUAUUGUGACCUCACUGCAAGCACGAUGUGCAGUCAUAGCCGCAGCCAAUCCAAUAGGUGGCCGAUAUGAUCCGUCGAUGACAUUCUCGGACAAUGUUGACCUCACUGAACCAAUCUUGUCUCGAUUUGAUGUCCUUUGUGUUGUAAGGGAUCAAGUAGACCCAGUGCAGGAUGAAAAGCUAGCAAAGUUUGUUGUAAGCAGUCACAUGCGCCAUCAUCCUGAUGCCAGUAAAGAAACUGAAGAAAUAAUGGAGGAGGCACGGGAUGUUACAGAAGAUGACGGACCAGCAAAAAUUCCGCAGGACCUGCUGAAAAAAUACAUCCUGUAUGCGAGAGAAAAAGUACACCCAAAGCUGAACCAGAUGGAUCAAGACAAAGUAGCAAAGAUGUACAGCGAGCUAAGAAGAGAGUCUAUGGCUACAGGCAGCAUCCCGAUCACGGUGAGGCACAUAGAGUCCAUGAUACGUCUAGCGGAAGCACACGCGAGGUUGCAUCUACGAGACUACGUGCACGAGGAUGAUGUCAACAUGGCCAUCCGCAUUAUGUUGGAGAGCUUCAUCAACACACAGAAAUAUAGUGUGAUGCGGUCCAUGUCUAAGACUUUCCAGAGGUACUUGGCGUAUAAAAAAGACAACAACGAGCUGUUGUUGUUUGUGCUCAAGCAGCUGGUUCAAGAACAGUUGAACUUUGUAAGGAAUCGCUAUGGAUCAGAGCCAGAUGUUAUUGAAAUUCAAGAGAAGGAUCUCCAGGAAAAGGCAAACCAGCUUAGCAUCAAAAACUUGGGUCCCUUCUUCCAGAGCAACAUCUUCAGAGCCCACCACUUCAGCCACGAUGCUCGAAGAAAAAUGAUUGUCAUGGCAUUCUAAGGGCCCCUGGCAUCUAUGCUGUUGACAACUGGAGGCGAUGAAACAAGCUCCGUUGUGAAAGUCGAUCCUUGGAGGGCAAAGCCGAAACCCUUAUGAUCAGCAUAGAUGAUUACUUGGGUUGCUUCAACAUGGCUGAGCUGGCUAGCAGCACUGCAUGGUGGGAUGCCGUAGGAAGAG